AUGGACAUCAAGAUUGGGAACAAGCCGGCCGGCCGCAUCCAGAUCCUCCUGCGCACAGAUGUCGUUUCCAUGACAACGGUUGAGCAGGCUCCAGUCGAAGCUGUGGCUGAGCCAGCCGAGGAGGAAGCUGCCUGGAAUCUGCACCCUGGGCACAAUCCCUACCCGAGUCCAAGCCUGCUGUCCAUGGCCAACUCCGGCCCAAACACCAACGGCUCCCAGUUCUUCCUGACGUGCGACAAGACGGACUGGCUGGACGGCAAGCACGUGGUGUUCGGGGAGGUCACGGAAGGCCUGGACGUCCUGCGGCAGAUCGAGGUGCAGGGCAGCAAGGACGGGAAGCCGAAGGAGAAGGUGAUCAUCUCCGACUGUGGGGAGUACGUGUGA